CACCACCAUCACCACCACCACCACCACCGCCGCCGCCACGACGGCCACAUCCACGGCGCCGCCCGCACCACCGGCACCCUCUUCGGCCACCGCAAGGCUCGCAUCACCAUCGCCUUCCAGGAUACGCCGCGGAGCGUGCCGCGGAUGCUGGUGGAGCUGGGGACGCCGACGGCGAAGUUCAUCCAAGAGAUGGGGGCGUCGGGGCUGCUGCGGGUGGCGCUGGAGUGCGAGAAGAAGCCGGCGGCGGCCGGGGAGAGGAGCAGUAGUAGUCCGCGGCUGCUGGAGGAGCCGGUGUGGUCGGCGACGAUCAACGGGCGGAGCGUGGGGUACGCGGCGCGGCGGGAGGCGACGGAGUCGGACGUGCGGGUGAUGCAGCUGCUGCACGCGGUGUCGAUGGGCGCCGGCGUGCUGCCGGCCGACAUGACCGACCCGGCCGACGGCGAGCUGACCUACAUGCGCGCCUACUUCGACCGCGUCGUCGGCUCCAGAGACUCCGAGACCUUCUACAUGCUCAACCCCGACGGCAACAACGGCCCCGAGCUCACCAUCUUCUUCGUUAGGAUCUAAAUUCAACUAUUAACCCUAAUUAAUUACUUAAUUAAUUAAGAA